UCUACGUCAGAAAUUAUUUGUGCGUGGACUAUAAGUACUGUGACUGUGUGUGAUAUCGAUUGGUGACAUUUGACAAGACGACGUGGAUUUCUUAAUUAAUAUAAUUUAAUGUAAUAUUUCGAAAUAUUGACAAAAAGAUGAAGGGAGAUUUCACGAUUUAUGUUUUAUUUACACUUUUAUUUAAAUUUAUAAAAUGUAACAGUGUAAAUAAAUAUGCAUUGCUUAUGCCGAAUGUUACAUCAAGUAGGGAGGAAUUGUAUUUGUGUACCCCUGUUAAAGUAGAUCCUUCCCAGAACUACUAUUUGACAGGUUUUGAACCAAAUGCAAUGGCAGGUGUUCAUCAUAUACUUUUAUAUGGUUGUGGAAAACCUGGUAGCUCAAAAUCAGUAUGGAAUUGCGGAGAAAUGGGACAUGGUAUAAAUAAUAACGAAGAUACAAUCGUUCCCUGUGCAGAAAAUUCUCAGAUAUUAUAUGCCUGGGCCAGAGAUGCUCCAACAUUAAUUUUACCAGAAGGGGUGGGUUUCAAAGUUGGUGGGGACUCCUCGAUUAAAUAUCUAGUUCUGCAGGUCCAUUAUGCGCAUACUGCAAAAUUUCAAGAUGCUGGCACUGACGACUCUGGUGUAUUUCUCUAUUACACAUUACGUCCAUUGAAUAAAUUAGCUGGUGUUCUCCUUUUGGGAACUGGAGGUGUUAUACCACCUCGAAGUACAACAUACAUGGAAACAGCUUGCAGAAUAAAAGAGAACAAAACUAUUCAUCCUUUUGCAUAUAGAACCCAUACUCAUUCACUUGGUAAAGUAGUUUCUGGAUAUUUGAUAAAACCAGAUUACACUUGGAUAGAAUUAGGCAAAAGAGAUCCUUUAACACCUCAAAUGUUUUAUCUUAUACAUAAAAAUGUUUCUGCUGAACAAGGUGAUCAAAUAGCAGCCCGUUGUACUAUGCAUAGUACACACGAUAGUUGGACAUACAUUGGUGCUACUAAAGCUGAUGAAAUGUGCAAUUUUUAUUUGAUGUAUUAUGUUGAAAAUGACGAACCACUAUCUAUGAAAUAUUGUUUUACCAGUGGUCCUCCUAACUAUUAUUGGAAAAAUGCUGGUCUAUUUAAUAUUCCUACUAUAGAGGCAUCUAGUUUAUAAUGUAAUAUCGAUUUUAAGUGUCCCGGUUAAAAAUUGGUACAGAUAUGAAGCUGUUAAUCAGGCUGUAUACGGAUGAACUUCUGAAGCGGAAGUAUCCGUGUGAUGCCGAGUUAAUAAUGAAAGUACUUUAUCUAUUUGUUACAAAAUAAAAUUUGUUUUCAGAUUUAA